GUAUCACUAUCUAUUAUCUAAUUAGAAGACAUGAACUCAUGCUAGAAUCGUGUUCGGCGCAGUGGCACAUGAUGUGAGGGGAUUUCUCACACAUCACAUGGGUAUUUUAGUAAUUUGUAUCAACAAACAAAUAAAAUAAUAACGGGUUUUUCAUGAGAUACCCCCGAGGUUUAAGUUUAUUCACCAGGUACCCUCGUUGUUUCAGUAAUCCACCAGGUACCCCUCAGGUUUCAUUUUCUCGCAUGACUUAACCCUGCCGUUAAGUGGCCGUUAGAAACUUUUUUUCACCAGGUACCCUCGUAAUUUAUUUCACCAGGUACCCCUGAGGUUUCUUAGUUUUUCACCAGGUAUCCUUAUGUUUUAUGGUAAUUUCACCAGAUACCCCUGCUCACCAACAGCUACUUUUUUUUAAAAAAACUGGCUGGUAUGGAACUGCAUUCCAUAAGUCCAUAAGUCUUUCUGGGUUGCUGCAAAUGCAUACAACCCAUAUGUGUACAACAAGGCAAUGGAGAAGAUUGCCAAAAUUGAUCCAAAGGUUGUUGAUUAUCUGUCCCAAGUGCCAAAGCAGUGGUCAAGGCACAAGUUUGAACCACAAGUGGUUUAUGAUCACAACACCACCAAUUUUGUUGAAUCUUUCAACGCUUGUACCAAGCCUUUUAGAGACAUGCCAGUGUACACUCUGAUGGAAGAGGCUGGGAGUUGGUGUAUGAAGAAGAUUGGGUCUAGAUUUGGCAAGGCUAUAGAAAUGGGACCAAACCAAUUGACUGAAUAUGUUGCUGGGGUAUUAGAAGAGAGGAGUCAACAGUCUAGGUUUUGUUCUGUAACAGCUGCUGUGGGAGGGGAAUAUGAAGUGAAAGAGGGGGCUGUCAAAUACCCUAUUAAGUUAGAUGCAAGGACUUGUGGUUGUGGAGUAUGGCAAAUAUCUGGCAUACCUUGCAGACAUGGCCUUAGGGUUAUUUACCACCAAAGACUUGAGGCUACUGAUUUUGUGUCUCACUACUUCAAAGGGCAAGCAUACAAGUUAACUUACUCAGAGCACAUGCACCCCAUGCCUGACCCAACCCAAUGGCCUUCUUUUGACCUUUCUAUUAUCCUCCCACCACCCAUGAAGAGAGCAUCAGGUAGACCCCCUAAACUGAGAAAAAGAGGUAAACAUGAUACUAGAAUAAAAAACAUUAGAAUGCCAUUUUUUAUAGCUCCAUGCAUUAAUUUCUUUUGUUGCUCGAGUUUCUUCUUCAUUUGGUGA